AUGGCGGAGAUGAGAGCUAUUGCAAUUUCCAAGUAUGGCGGCAUUGACAAUCUAGUUGCAAUCAAGGUCCCAAAGCCAGCUGAUCCUCAAGGACACGAUGUUCUUGUAAAAGUAAAAGCAACCUCGCUCAACCCAUUCGACACCAAAGUCCGAGCCGGCAUCUACGACGACUACCCGGACUACUAUUCCCGCGCCCCUCCUCUUCCUCAAAUCCUCGGAUCCGAUGGCUCUGGUACCGUUGAAGCGGUUGGACCGGAAGUCUCGAGCUUCAAGCCGGGCGAUGAUGUCUUCUAUUCAGGCGACCCGAUCAAACCAGGCGCGAACGCGGAAUAUCAGCUUGUGGACAGCAGGAGUGUUGCGCUGAAACCGAAGAAGCUGGACUAUGUUGAGGCUGCAAGCAUGCCGGUGGCAUGGAUGACGGCUUGGGAGGCUCUGGUGGAGCGAUUGGGCAUUCAAGAAGGCGAGGAGGCGGGCAUAGUCAUUGUCAAUGGGGCAGGAGGUGUCGGCUCUAUUGCGUCUCAAGUUGCACGUCACAUUCUCCGUCUUCCGGUCGUUGUAACGACUACCUCACGCCCAGAAACCACAGAAUUCAGUAGAGCCAUGGGUGCUACUCACACUGUGAACCACCGUGAAGACAUCCCGGCGCAAGUCCGCGAUCUAAACCUCACGGUUCCAUUAAAAUACGUCUUCAUCACGCAUUCGACAUCUCAGUAUCUGGAGCCCGCCGCCGCCGUCUGCGCGCCUCUCGGCAAGGUCUGCAGCAUAGUACAAACUAAAGAAUUCCCAAUGUAUGGUACGGAGUUCAUGGCCAAGAGUCUGACUUUUGUCUGGGAGCUGCUGGGGUCGGAAGCUUGGUAUGGGAUUGAGACUGACAGUUACGGCAAGAUGCUCUCCAGGCUGGCGGAGCUGAUUGACAGCGGCACUAUCAAAUGCCAUCUGAAGCAGAGGUUGCGAUUGGAUCUUGGUGGCCUUCGUAAGGCACAUGAAAUGAUCGAGAGUGGUAGCGUGAUAGGAAAGGUGGGCUUGGGUAUAGACAUUGAUGGCAUGAGUGCAGAAGAAGCAUUUACAUGA